AACAUAACCUCAUUUUCAUUUGUCCGGGUGUUUUUAUUGCGCGGCCAAGAAUGUCUCUCUGGGUUGAUAAACAUCGUCCACGGGAUUUUUCCAAGUUGGACUAUCACAAGAAGCAAGCAGAACAGCUUAGGAAUUUGCUGAAGCAGGGUGACUUCCCGCAUUUGAUGUUCUACGGCCCAUCCGGAGCCGGUAAGAAGACGCGCAUAAUGUGCUUACUGAGGGAGCUCUAUGGGCCCGGUGUUGAGCGCCUUCGACAUGAAACAAUGGUCUUCACAACACCGUCCAACAGGAAAGUCGAGAUAAUGACUGUGGGCAGUAACUAUCAUCUGGAAGUGAAUCCCUCUGAUGCUGGAAUCUACGACAGGGUGGUGAUUGUUGAUCUCAUCAAGCAAGUAGCCCAGACACAUCAGAUUGACCCAAGUGGUCAGAGGGAAUUCAAAGUGAUUGUCCUGUCGGAAGUGGAUCAUAUUACAAAGGAUGCCCAGCAUGCUCUCAGGAGGACAAUGGAGAAGUACAUUAACACCUGUCGGAUUGUCUUGAGCGUCAAUUCGACAUCGAGAGUCAUUCCGGCAAUCAGGAGUCGUUGCUUGGGAAUCAGAGUGGCAGCUCCGACGCAUGAGGAAAUAGUAAGUGUCUUGAUGGCUACAUGCAAGAAGGAAAGCUUGCAGCCUUCGCGUGAACUCUGUCAGAGAAUUGCCGAGCAGUCCAAGAGGAAUCUACGGAGAGCAAUUCUUAUGCUAGAAGCCUGUAAGACUCAACAGUAUCCCUUCACGGCCAAUCAGAAAAUCAUCGAAUUGGACUGGGAAGUCUACCUCAGGGAGACAGCAAAUGAAAUCAUCUUGGAACAAACCACCAGUCGCCUCCAGUCUGUCAGGGAACGCCUCUAUGAACUCCUGGGUCAGGGAAUCCCACCCAAUAUGGUCUUCCGUGGUCUUGUGGAGAAUCUCGUGAUGAAAUGUGACAUGAGUCUCAAGGCAGAAACCAUCAAAUAUGCUGCUGAAUAUGAACACAGGAUGCAAGCUGGGAAUAAGCACAUCUUCCACCUGGAGGCUUUUGUGGCGCGUUUCAUGGCAAUCUACAAGAAACAACUUGAAGGCAUUGUUAUGGAUGACUUCUAACUUGCGCAUGUUUCCAUAUUUUCAGUUUCCUGGCAACGGCAAAAAUAAAACUUUUAUAAACAAGAA